CCUUGUGGCACUUUGACACCGCCCUCCGGGAUACCCGUGGCCCUUACUCACCAGGACUCUGCAUAAAGUCUUUGUAGACUCGGUUCUUACUCGGCCCUUGCUUCGGUGACUGGAGGUUAAGGGAUUGGAAGGUUGAGCAGGCCUAGAGAGAAGUGCUGCAUGGUCCCACCGCCCUGUUGCUUGUUUCAUGACGUCUGGCCCAUCACCAUGGCAUACAAAUCACGCUUCUCAUUUUGGGAACAAAAGGUUAAAGUUGAGAACAAGCCAGAUCCUGAUGUAGAUGCAAGUCAGCCACAGGCCAAUGUUAUUAAACCUGGGCAAGACACAGGAAGUGCAUCGUCAGCAGAAGACACCAAUAGUAACCCCGCCAUGGGUGGUCCAGAUUCUCCAGGGGAGGGGCAAACGUCCGGCGGGAAAAAGGUGAUGAAGGUUGUGAGAAGAGUUGUCAGGCGUGUCGUUCCGGCAGCGACAGAAGAGCAGAAUCACUUGGCUGUGUCUGAAGCUGUCAAAGCUACGGCCGCACUUAAAACUAGCAAGGCAUCAGAGGUGGACAAGGAUGACAUCUCCAUGGGGCUGACUAGCCUCAUGGGCAGAGGAAGAACCAAGGAACACCGGCCUCGCACCCGCAACCAAGACCGCAAAGAAGACAUAAAACAGGAGCUCAAGCCGGAGGAGGAUAAAGAAAAGGGAGAAGAGGAGGAGAGUGUAGCAGUAACACAGGAUGCAAUCAAGAGCACAUCACCAAAUACUGUACCACCAAAUUCAACCCCCGCGAGCUUCACACCUAAACCUGACCCUUUGGCCCCACCCGCCGGCUUCAUCCCGGCCCCCAACCAGAAUUUCUUGACUCCUCCAGUUGGUUUUAUACCCGCCAGAAAAUCCAGUCCAGUUUCCCAAAAACAGUAUCUUCUGGCAAGGCCCGCAGGUUUCAUCCCCAUCCCAAAGGCAGAUCCCCUGGCACCUCCGGCAGGGUUCAUCCCGAAACCUCGCCAAAUGGCAAUAAAGAAACCCGAGGCUCAUCCUUCAUGCAGUGAUCAGGUUCCAGAGGUCACUCCCACUGAGGCGGAUUACAUGCGUGUGAAUAGGAUCUUCACCAUCACUGGCAACGAUCGUGCGAGAGGACCCAAAUCCUCUCAGCCAAAGCUUUCUGAAGAUCCGGUGGCUAUUCUCCAAGCAUCACACUUGGCAGCAAAGGCAAAGAAUGAAACAAACAUUGAAUCGGAGAGAGCCUGGUACCAUACUGAAAAAGUAUGGCUGAUCCACAAGGAUGGCUUUUCUUUAGCAACUCUCCUGAAGACAGAAGCAGGGAGUUUGCCCGAGGGGAAGGUGAAAAUACGCCUGGACAGUGAUGGAUCUUUAUUAGACGUAGAUGAGGAUGACGUGGAGAAGGCGAACCCACCGUUGUUUGAGCGAGUGGAGGACCUGGCCUCUCUUCAGUACUUGAAUGAGUCCAGUGUUAUGCAUUCCCUGCGGCAACGCUAUGGCGGCAACCUGGUGCACACCCACGCUGGGUCCAACAUGGUGAUCAUUAACCCCAUUAGCGCGCCUUCCAUGUAUUCGGAGAAGGUGAUGCAAAUGUUUAAAGGCUGCAGAAGGGAAGACACUGCCCCUCAUAUUUACAGCAUGGCUCAGUCUGCCUAUUGGAAGCUUUUGACCACGCGCCAGGAUCAGUCUGUAAUCUUACUGGGCAAGAGCGGUAGUGGCAAGACUACAAACUGUCAACACAUUAUUCAGUACCUGGUCACCAUUGCUGGCAGCACCAACAAAACCUUCUCCACAGCGGAGAAGUGGCAGGCGGUGUACACGGUUUUAGAGGCAUUUGGCAAUGCGGCCACCUGCAUGAAUGAGAAUGCCAGCCGUUUUUCUCAUAUCGUUUCCAUGGAUUUUGACCAGUCAGGCCUGGUGACCUCUGCCUCAAUUCAGACCAUGCUCCUGGAAAAGAUGAGGGUGACAAGAAGACCUGAGGGCGAGUCCACUUUUCACGUGUUUUACUACCUAAUGGCUGGGGCUGACAGCUCCCUUAGAACGGAGCUCCAUCUCAACCACUUUGCUGAAACUAAUGCGUUUGGAAUUGUGCCUCAGACGAAGGUGGAGGAGAAGCAGCGGGCAUCCCAACAGUUUUCCAAGCUGCAAGCGGCCAUGAAGGUUCUGGGGAUCAGCGCUGAUGAGCAAAGAGCGUUGUGGCUAGUCCUAGGGGCUAUCUACCACCUGGGAGCUGCAGGGGCUACUAAAGCUGGCAGGAAACAAUUUGCGCGUCACGAGUGGGCCCAGAAGGCAGCCUACCUGCUGGGCUGUACCCUGGAGGAGCUCUCCUCCUCCAUCUUUAAGCACCAGGCCAAGGGCACCCUGCCCAGAGCCGGCAGCAUCCGCCAAACUUUGGACGAAAAUGGCACAGCGGACGCAGGAUGGAAGACUUCAGCUAUGGAGUGUUUAGAGGCCGUGGCCACUGGGCUGUACUCUGAACUCUUCACAGUCCUCAUUUGUUUAAUCAACCGGGCCUUGAAAAGCAGCCAGCUGCCCUUGUGCUCUCUCCUGAUUGUGGACACGCCGGGCUUUCAAAACCCCAGGCUGGUAAAGCAUGAGCGUGGCGCAACGUUUGAUGACCUCUCCCAUAACUACACUCAAGAGCGCCUGCAGACACUCUUCUACCAGCGUACCUUCGUGCAGGAGCUGGAAAGAUACAAGGAGGAGAACAUUGAGAUUGCCCUCGACGACACGGAACCUAACACGUCUUUUUCUGUAGCCGUGGUGGACCAAGCGUCAAGCCAAGCACUUGUGCGCAGCGGCCGAACAGAUGAGGCCCGCGGGCUCUUGUGGCUGAUGGAGGAGGAGGCUCCGCAGCCCGGGGCAUCGGAGGAAAACCUGCUGGCUCGCCUUUUUAGCUACUACGGCCCUGCUGAAGGCGAGAUCAAAGGUCACACUUUCCUUCUGAAGAGUGAAAAAGAUAAUCACUUCCUGCUGGGCCACAGUCACGGGACCGACUGGGUAGAAUAUGAUGCCCGGGGGUGGCUAAACUACGCCAAGCAAAAUCCUGCCUCAAUCAACGCUACGAGCCUCCUGCAGGAUUCCCAGAAGAAGAUCAUCAGCGCUUUGUUCAUGAGCCGAGCAGGCAGCGCCACGGUUCUGUCAGGUUCUAUCGCGGGUCUUGAGGGUGUUUCCCAGCUGUCUUUGCGACGGGUUUCGAGCAUCAGGAAGACCUCAGCUUCGGGAGUGGCUGCUAUCAAGAGAAAGUCUGUGUGCAUACAAAUAAAGCUUCAAGUGGAUGCUCUGCUGGACAUGGUGCGGAGGUCCAGAAUUCAUUUUGUACAUUGCAUAUUGCCCAAGGCGGAUGCUCUUAAGGCUCUGAGUGGAGCCUUCUUCAAAGGGGUUGAAAGUGAGGCCCAAGGGGAGGGUGCAGAUUUGGCUUUAAUGCAGCUGGAUGUACCCUUCCUCCGUGCUCAGCUGCGCGGAUCCAAGCUCCUUGACGCUCUCCGCAUCCAUAGACAAGGUUACCCCGACCACAUGGUGUUCUCUGAGUUCCGCCGACGUUUUGAUGUGCUGGCACCGCACCUCACCAAGAAGCACGGGCGGAAUUACAUUGUGAAGGACGAGCAGAGAGCUGUGGAAGAGCUACUGGAGUCUUUGGAUUUGGAGAAGAGCAGUUACUACAUGGGUGUGAGCCGGCUAUUCUUCAAAGCUGGAACCUUGGCCAAAUUGGAAGACCAGAGGGACGAGCAAACCAAGCGUCAUUUAAUCCUAUUCCAAGCUGCUUGUAGAGGUUAUCUAGCACGACAAGCUUUUAAAAAGAGAAAGAUUCAGGAUCUAGCAAUUCGUUGCAUCCAGAAGAACAUCCAGAAAAACCGCGGUGUAAAAGACUGGCCAUGGUGGAAGCUUUUCACGACUGUCCAGCCACUCAUUAAGGUGCAGCUCACUGAGGACCAGAUGCGGAGCAAAGAUGAGGAGAUCCAGAUGCACAAGUCUAAGCUGGAGAAGGUGGAGAAAGAGCGCAACGAGCUGAGACUGAACACCGAUCGACUGGAGAGCAGGAUUGCAGAUUUGUUGGCAGAACUCGCUGAUGAAAGGAGCACGAGUGAGUCAGCAUCCCAGCUGCUUGAGAACGAGACGACAGAGAGACUACGCCUGGAAAAAGACAUGAAGGAUCUGCAGGCAAAGUUUGAAACCAUGAAGAAACAAACGGAAGCACAGGAGAUGGAGUUGACGGAAGCUCGGCUCAUGAAAACUUCAGAGCUCAACGGGGAGUUGGAGGACGAUGAUGAUGCCGGGGGUGAGUGGCGCAUAAAAUACAACAGAGCCAUUCGGGAACUAGACUUCACCAAAAAGAAACUCCAGCAAGAGUUUGAUGACAAGCUGGAAACGGAGCAGCAGAGCAAACGACAGCUUGAGAGAAGGCUGGCCGAUUUGAAGACAGACAAUGAGGAUGUGCAGCACUCUGCGCAGCAGCUGAAGAAGAAGUGCCAGAAGAUGACGGCUGAGAUGCAGGAUACCCGACGUCAUUUGGAGGGCCUCCAGAGCCGUAAUCACGAUUUGGAAAAGAAGCAGAGGAAAUUCGAUCUUGAGCAGAACCAGGCCCAGGCUGAGGUACAAAGAGAAAAAAGUCUGAGGGAGAAGUUGGCUCGUGAGAAAGACACGAUGGCGGCUGAGAUUUUCAACAUCCACCAGCAGCUUCAGGAAAAGGAUGCCGACUUGUGUGCCGCCAACAUGAAGGUGCAGCAGUUGGAGGCCGAAUUGCAGGAUCUCUCUUCACAGGAGUCCAAGGACGAAGCAUCACUGGCCAAGGUCAGGAAGCAGCUUCGUGACCUUGAGGCCAAGGUGAAAGACCAAGAGGAGGAACUAGAUGAGCAGGCUGGUACCAUCCAGAUGCUAGAGCAGGCUAAGCUGCGGCUUGAGAUGGAGAUGGAAAGGCAGCGACAGAGCCACUCAAAAGAUAUUGAGAGCAAAGAUGAGGAGGUGGACGAGAUCAGGCGGUCCUGCAGUAAGAAGCUGAAACAGAUGGAGGUGCAGCUGGAGGAAGAAUACGACGAUAAGCAAAAAGUGUUGCGCGAGAGACGUGAGCUGGAGUCCAAACUGCUGAGCGCGCAGGAACAGGUAAGCCACAGGGAUGUGGAGAGUGAGAAGAAGCUGAGGAAAGACCUGAAGAGAACCAAAGUCCUGCUGGCUGAUGCCCAGAUUAUGUUGGACCACCUGAAGAGUAAUGCCCCAAGCAAACGGGAGAUCGCCCAGUUCAAAAAUCAACUGGAGGAGUCCGAAUUCACCUGUGCGGCUGCGGUCAAGGCCCGAAAGAGCAUGGAGUUAGAGAUUGAGGACUUGCAUAUCCAAAUGGAGGACGUGGUGAAAGCCAAACUGUCGUUGGAGGAGCAAGUGAGCCGCCUUCAGAGAGAAAAGAAUGAUCUGCAGUCUCGCACGGAGGAAGACCAGGAGGACAUGAAUGAACUGAUGAAGAAACACAAAGCUGCAGUCGCCCAGUCUGCCAGAGAUUUAGGUCGGAUCAGUGACCUGGAGGCGCAGCUUGAGGAGGCCGCAAAGGAGAAGCAGGAGAUUCAAGAAAAGCUCCAUUCGCUGCAGAGUCAGCUGGAGUUUCAGGAACAAUCCAUGGUUGAAAAGUCUCUUGUGAGCCGUCAAGAAGCCAAGAUCCGUGAGCUGGAAACCAAAUUGGAGUAUGAGAGGACGCAGAUCAAACGUUUGGAGAGCCUGGUUUCUCGUCUAAAGGAGAAUCUUGAGAAGAUGUCAGAGGAAAGGAACCAACACAUUGCUGCAGAGAACAGAGAGAAGGAGCAGAAUAAGAGAAUGCAGAGACAAAUAAGGGACAUGAAAGAAGAAAUGGCUGGCGUAUCCAAAAAAGAGGCUGAGGCGAGUCGAAAGAAACACGAGCUGGAAAUGGACAUUGAGAGCUUAGAAGCAGCAAAUCAGAGCUUACAAGUGGAUCUCAAACUGGCCUUUAAGAGGAUAGGUGACCUGCAAGCUGCUAUCGAAGACGAAAUGGAGAGUGAUGACAACGACGACUUAAUCAACAGUUUGCAAGACAUGGUGACAAAGUAUCAGAAAAGAAAGAACAAAACUGGGCAAGAGACAGACACAGAUUCUGAGGUGGAGGAUCGUGUGGAUGGGGUUAAGUCUUGGCUCUCCAAGAACAAAGCCUCCUCCAAGCCCCAGUCGGACGAGGGAAGUCUGAAGUGUGCCAGAUAUGCAGCAAAUGUGGAUGCCAAAGAUGUGAAAGAGGGUAAGGAGAAGACAAGUGAUGGAAGUCAGGAUGGCAAAGACAUAGAGCAGAACAGGUCCGUGUCUGUCAUGAGCUCCCUGAGCUAUCGGAAGCGUUCCAACCUUAAAGACUCCAUCGGAGGGACAGGCGAUGAGAACUCCCUCUUUAGCGCUCUCAAAGAACAGCCUGACGCCCCUGACCACACCUCCAUUCGCAAAGCCAAGUCCAAGUCUGGAGAUCUCCAGGAGAACUGGAAGAGGAACCAAGCUCAGGAAGAUUUGGAUGACAAAGCCUCCGUUAUUUCCUCGGCCUAUUCCGAAGCCACUAGCAGGGCGAGGAAGGGUUUGGAGUCACGCUGGACUUCGCGAAGCAGCCCUGAAUUUGAUAAAGAUUCCACUAUCUCCUCUAUAGCUCCCAGCAGGAUAUCCACCAGGAGGACGAUGUUAGAUGACGACGACGACAUCAAGUCCACCAUCAGCAGCGUGAGACGCUCCAGCCCUCGAUCGCUACAUCGUAGCAGCUCCUGGAAAGAUGACAAGCGAAGUAGUUCUCGCCUGUCCCUCGCUCGUAGUUGCGGCCUCAGCGAGUUUGGCGUGCAUGUCCAUGAUGAUGACAAUGACGAUGGCCAAAGUGUUGCUUUUGCUGAAAGAAGGCCUUCCCCAUACAGUCCUCGCUCCACCACACGUAGUUUCUCGACCCCAGCCCGAGCUCACUAUUCAGAUGGAAACCCACCAGAUACGUCUGACAUCAAGCCAGUCACGCACCGAAAUUACUUGGACCCCGAUUUGGAGGCCGCUAUCAACGAGGUUCUCAGCUUCAAACCUAUUAAGUUCAAGCGAAGCAAGCUUGAGUCCAGUGAUGAGGAAGCAGAAGAGAAGAACGGACUAGCAAGCAAGGAGGGAAGGAAGAUGGAAGCCGAUGAAGUGCUUGGGUGCAGUAAAUCCAGCUUGCUUCGCUCCGCAUCCGGUUCUGCUCUGGACUACGGCAAUCGUCCUUCUAGCAUCUUAAGUACCAGCUCCCACAGACGCAAAGAUAAAAAAAGCAAAAUCACUCAAUCCGACGACUCCUCUUCAGACGAUCGUCAAAGCAGGAAGAGCUCAAGGCGAAAGAAGGGCAAAAAGUCCAAGAAGAGAUCCAAGAAAAAGGAAAGCGAGUCAGAAGAUUCCUCUUCAUCUUCAGACUCGUCUGAAUCCUCCUCGUCUGACUCCACGGUCUCAUACCGCAGCUCCAAUAGUGUUAAAAAGAGCCUGAAACAGCUGUCCGAUGAUGAAAAGGGAGAUGCAAGUGGUGGAACGCCCAGCAAGAAGAAUAGCAAGCGGAAACAAAAGAAGAUGGAUAACUUGAUGAUGAAGUAUCUAUACAGGCCAGACAGUGACUGAUGGCAACAAAUGAAGCCCUGCUGUGUCCAGGCGACAUGUGACGCCUGGCAAAUCCGAUGAAGAGGACGAGAUGGACUCAAACAAAGACAGGCAGCUGCCGAGGCCGCGCUACGGCGAGAGCACGUCAUAACAGUAACCCGGGUCACCUUGUGCUCUCAAACACACAGUAGGGAUGCAAUCCAACAGUGAAAAGCAAUUUUGGUUCCUUUAAUUUUGGAACUCUGUCAUAUUUGUUGUUCGUCGUGAAAGCGAGUUUGCUUCCGAGGCUUAUGUCUGCUCACCUUUUAUGUGAUGCUUGAGAAAGUUAAGUGAAGCUGAGAUAUUUGGGGGGAAAAGGGUUUCCGCCAUUUCUGUUUUUUAAAGGGCUGCUCUUCAGGCAAAUUUAAGCAUUCCUCUGCACUUGCCGUCUAUUCAGCCCUGCCAAGAGGAUUUAGAUAAGCCUGCUCUGGAUGGACUUCUCCAAGAAAGUCUGACCAACUUUUAAGACUCCUCUUAUCUUUCCAUAUUAACGGGUGGCUCGCUCAAUAGGAAGUAUUCAGGCCUCUUGAAAUUAAUUACCAUAAAUUACAAUUUACAUCGAAAUGUCAGAGCAGUUAAAUUUAUUAGAUAAUUGGAGACAAAUGAUCAACAGUUGAUGAUGUGAUUUCGAAUUUAAAAACUAACCAAGCAGUUGUUGUACUCCAAUUAUCUUUGUAUUUAUUCAGCAGUAAAAUGUUCUUUAUAAGUGGAGUCACUCUUAUAUCAAGACAUAAUUAGCUUUAUAAGGUAAAUUAUAUGUCAUUGGUUUGUAUUCUACAUAGAUUUCUAGAAUGUUAAAACAUGCAAUUGUCAGAUAGAAACUACAGUAAAUUGUGGUCCACAUUUGGACAUUAUUAAUUUGCUACUUGUUAUGAAGUUGAAGAGAUUCAUUAUAAAGACAAGCUUGUACCUGUUGAAAUAAGUUUAGAAUCUUACCAAGCUCACAUUUGUUGACACCAGUGUUAAUGUGCACAGUAUUUUUUUGAUCUACGAAACUCAAGUUUGACGAUUUUUGUUUUUAGUUUAUUUAAUUUGAGCCCUUUAAAUGGGAGAAUAUGGUUACUCAGUUUGUAGGAAUAUAUAUUUGUUUGGUUUAUUUAUUUUGACCAUUGUGGAGCCCUCAAAAUGAGAUAAUAUGGUUGUUUAGUUUGUAGGAAUAAAACAAUAGUCAACUCUACAAUUUAUUACGCCAGAAUUUGGAUCCAUUUAAUGAAAAGGCAGAAUUGUAAUGUAGGACUAGUACAUAUGGAUGCAAUUGUUUAGAGAGUGGAUGUUUUUAUUUUGGGCCUUCUGAUUGUGAGGAAGUACAUGCAAACUACAGUUUGUUCUAAAAAAAAUAAGAAAAAAAAAUACCAUGAGUUGCAUAGCUUCCCAGAAAAACCUAAUCUGCAUUUCAUGUCUUAUUUCUUUCUUCUUCGCACUGCACAUAAAUAUUAAUACAGAAACAAAUAUGUGUAAGUGAGAACAUUUAGGGCUGUUAUUACAUAUACUACUUGAGCAGUCUGGUCCGGUUUCAUUUUUGGAAUGUAUCGUUAUUUUUCAAAUGACCUUUUUCUAGGAAAUAAAUGAACUGUUACAAAAUCAA